CGUCGGUGGUGUUUCGUACACUUUUUUUCCUUUUGAACUUAUUCUCUUUCAAACUUCAAACAAUUGUUAUUUUCUUGGCCGAAAAGAUUAGCAUUGCGAAACAUGUGUUUUUAGCAAACUCGUAAUAAAAAAUACAAAACAAUAUUCUUUUUUUCCUUUUUCGAGGAAAAAACAAAAGAAAAUUCAAAAGCUGACUGUAUAAGAUAGUAGAAGGCUCUUCUCGGCUGGCAAUGCAAUUACCAAAAUGGUACCUAUAUAUAAAAGAGCUUUGGUAGGCUUUCUCCUCACAACAGUACCCUAAUUGUUGUUUCCUUUUCAUAUUUUGGGUUUUGAGGAGAGAAAUUAGUUAUGGAGUCCAUAUUUUCAAGAGUGAUGAUGGAAACACCACCUUCUCUUUACAUCAAGGCCUUGUCAUUGGUGACCUUAGUAGCAAUAGGUGUGCUGGGGUUGCUUGAGGUGGCCGGAAAACAUUUAGGGUAUUCCAAAUUUUACAAUUUCAGCUCACAAAAUCGUGCCAAGAUGUCGAGCAGAGCCGGCAUGUUGUUGCUCUACACGCCGGCCUUUCUCGCCGGCCUUGCUUCCUUGCUGCUGCUUGUGCCACAUACUAACGAUCUCAGGUUCCUUUUGCUCACCUUAGCCCUCACCAUUCAUUUCUUCAAAAGGGUUUUCGAGGUUUUGUUCAUUCACAAGUACAGUGGAGCAAUGGUGAUUGACAGUGCAAUUCUGAUAAGCUUCAGUUACUUCUUCUCCACAGCCAACAUGAUUUAUUGUCACUAUAAACUGUACCCAACACUACAAGACACAGCUGGUAAUGAUGGUGAGCAAUCAAGCACAACAUUUAUUGAUAUGAAAUACAUUGGAGUUGUGCUGUUUUUGAUAGGCAUAGCUGGGAACUUGUACCACCAUUGCCUUCUUUCCCAACUUAGGAAAAAAGGAGAUAAAGAGUCAUCAUCAACAUACAAGAUUCCCAAGGGAGGUCUCUUUGGGUUGGUGAUUUGCCCUCACUACCUCUUUGAGAUUUUAGCCUUUGUGGGAAUUUCAUUCAUUUCUCAAACUUUGUAUGCAUACUGUUUCACAUUAGCCACUAUUUUCUACUUGAUGGGAAGGAGUUGCGCCACUAGGAGAUGGUACCUUUCCAAGUUUGAAGACUUCCCUAAACACGUCAAGGCUCUCCUUCCAUUUCUUUUCUAAGCUAGCUCACGUGCUAGGCACGUCGUUGAAUUAUAAGGCAGUCUUACAGAUUAUUACGAUUGUGUUUUUGCGGUCUUUUCUUUUGGCAUACCAAUUACAUGUAAUAGUUAAGUUUUUUUUUUUUAAAAAAAAAAUUAACAUAUUAUUUGUGUCAAUAUUUUGCAAAUGCUCACAUCAAUCCUCAUAUUUUUAAAUUAUUCAUGCAAUUUAAUGA